UUAAAUUUUAAUCGGUUGUUUAAACAAUUAACGACUGAUUAACAAUAUUUUACUGUCCACCACGCACUAACCGUAGUUUAUGUGCUGUAAUCGACUGUUUUACUUAAACGAAGUAACAGACAUAGUUUAAACAUAGGUUAGUGUGACAUAAAGCUGUGCCCGCGACAUUUAUUUAGGUUUAUUUAAAAACAAUUUACAAUAAAAAAUGGAAGACGCGUUGAAUUAUAUAUUUGACGAAAAUAAUGUGCUCGACGAUUAUGAAGAUAUUGAGCGAAUAUUACGCGCACCUCGUGUAUUCCAAAUACGGCGCAGUUAUUUCGAAGAAUAUGACGAGAGAGCUUUUUCUACCAGAUUUCGUCUAUGUAAGCGUAGUGCCUUGGAAUUGCUUACUUUAGUUGAAAGAAAGUUGGAAUAUCCAAGCGAUCGGAACAAUUCUCUGUCACCUAUAAAUCAGCUGCUGCUCGCUUUGAGAUACUAUGCCACAGCGAGUCACCAGUUAACUAUGGGAGAUUUUGCUGGUGUUAGCAGACCUACAGCGAACAGAGUAAUCCAUCGAGUGACUGCUGCACUGGCCUCUUUAAGUAAGGACUUCAUACGGUUUCCAGAAACUCCUGAAGAUAUCAGAGAAACUCAAAUGGAGUUCUAUAACAUUGCCAAAUUUCCCAAAGUGAUAGGGGCAUUGGACUGUACCCAUAUUAAAAUUAUUUCACCUGGAGGUAAUCAUGCAGAAACCUUUAGAAAUCGAAAGGGAUAUAUGUCGAUAAAUGUUCAGGCUGUAUGCAAUGCCAGACUCAUAAUCACUGAUCUUGUUGCUAGAUGGCCAGGUAGUGCUCACGAUGAGCGCAUUUUCAGUGCAUCCCGUAGAAACGCAAUAUUCGAGAUGGGUACAUAUAACGACUCUCUUCUUGUGGCAGAUAGCGGUUACAUGAAUCGCAGCUAUUUGAUGAUGCCUCUUGAUAGAACUCAGACAAAUGAAGAGGCAUCAUACAAUGAAUCGCAGAUAAGGACUAGGAAUCCAAUAGAAAGGUUGUUUGGGAUAUGGAAGAGACGUUUUCCAGUACUUGCACUAGGAAUGCAUGUGCAUUUAAAAAACUGCCUACCUAUAAUUGUUGCCACCGCUGUUCUUCACAAUAUCCUACAAUCCAAAGGAGAAGAAUGCCCUCCAGACGACCCUGAGUUGGAACUACCUACUCCAUGGGAUGCUAUUAUAGAACAAGGCAGGAUAAGAGAGCAGCGGUCUCUUGGUAAUGCAAGAGACAUUAACCCAGUGAGGAGAAGGUUAAUUAAUAAUUAUUUUAAAACUUUACACUAUUUGUAGAAGCCUGUAUAGUAACGUUAUAUUAUUAUUACUAUUACAAAAUAAAAGCAGUUAAGUAUUUUA